AUGGAGAUGAUUUCGAAGGAUCCAACUUCACUAACGCCAACAUUGAAAUUUGAAGAUGCCGGAUUGGAAGCUGAAACAGAAUAUGAUGUCUCCCUGACCAUGGAAAAAUUGGACUCGAAGAGAUAUGGAUUCGACAAGAAGACUCAACAUUGGGAGGAAUCGAAGAAAAGAAGCUCCAAAGAAUUCCACAUUCCUGAAUCGAUUGGUCGCAUUAGAUAUGGAAAGGAUUUGGAUUUGCAUUUCGAAAGUAUCAAGAUCUCAUCAAGAAGCCGAGAUCAGAACUUAGAGAACGUCGUGUAUGUUCAGACAAUGCAAAAGUACGUCCCAGUGAUCACCAUAACCAAUCUGGCCUCCAAGGAAACUGUUGCUCAUGUGGUACUCGAAAUGGCGCAAUUUAUUCCGGUGACCAUUUAUCAAGAUCAAAGUAUUGGAAAAUGGAAAGCCCAGCACAACAAGUAUGCAACAGUCAGAUAUGGUGGAAAAGGCAUGGAACAGAAGAAAAAGGAGAAGACUCAAGAACCAAUUUUGGAAGACAAUUCAAAUUUUAGACAAGAUCCUAUUAGUCGUGUCCUUGAAGUCGACAAAAUUUUAAACUCUUCAAGUCCAGUAAACGCAGUGCCACAAGUCUGUUCUCAGUAUCCAAUGAUGCCAUAA